CAUAACUUGUUACAUGUGCGUGCGUGCGUGCGUGUGCGGGGGGCAAGAUGGGACUCUUUGAGGACAUUUUGCGAAUGCACCGUCCUGUUCUGUUCUUGCCCUCUCUCUCUCUCUCAUUCUCUUUCUUUUUUAUCUGUUUCUCAGUACCAUGCAUGUAUUCUGUUUCCGUCGUGUACAAGAAAGAAAGAAGAGGAAUAAAACUAUAAGAAAACUAGCAAACUUGAAAACGUUGUUGUAUAAAGUACUUGCUUGCUUUCCUUUUCUGGUAGUUUAUUUCUCUUUGUUUAGAAUAAAAUAGGUUUCAAAUUUUUGUUCCUUCUUUUUUGAGCAUGUAUUAUAUGCUUCUCUCUCUCUCUACAUGUAGCUUAGUAUAGUAAUCGUGUUGAUGUCAUAUCGUUGUUCUGCUCAUCAUAAUCUUGGAACACUCUCUUCCCAUCUCUGCUCCCUUCUCCUUUCUCUUUCUUUCUUUCCCUUCCUUAUAACUCCAUCCAUCAACUAACCAACCAAUCAAUCGUUUAAAAAAAGCCAAGUCUGUUUAUCUCUGCAUCAAACGCUAUUAUAUAUCCCACAGCAGCUGCGUAGCAGCCGCCUUUUUUUCCGCGAAGCCUUGUUUACCUGCCAUCAGAAAUCCUUAACCAGAUCCUCAUUAU